CGACAGGCGACCAAACGCGCGUGCGUUCGAGGUCACGUGCACCCUCACAUCCCACCACGCUUAGCAGGUGCCAAAUCACUUUUUUUUUUUGGGUGGGGUGAUUUCUUGCGCCAUCACGGCGGCAACUUCUUAAUCAACUUGUGUUGCACUUUUUUUCCCUCUUUGCUAUAGAGGUUCAAGGACAUUUCAAUGGCGUCUACAGCAACACAGGCCCCAACGGGGCACCUUGGAGGACAACCAACUCCGAUGAUUGCAUCAGAUCUGUCUCACUCUUAUGCUUCAUCCACAACGCACCCUGACAAUGUUAGGCGCUUUACACAGGCCGCAAGCGUUCAGCCGCCGCCGCCUCGCAUCCUUUCAUCAUCGCAGCCUUCAAGCGGUGCAUUCCAGACUACUCCAGUAUCGGCUGCUCCUAUGCCUUCCAUGUACUCCCCCGCACAGUCUCAACCAUCACCGAGUGCAGGGCUACCGGGAAGACCACGGAAUCGGCCUUCCAUCAUGGACCCUCCUGGUAACAAGAUUUCCAGCCCGACGAUGCGCGGUGGCGGCUAUCCGUCUCCAACUGUGGAUCACGCAACCAUCAACCCGAAAUUUGUCGACGACGUGGCUCGCAUAACCUAUGCCAUACAGCAAUCUCUGGGCGAUGCUGUGAGGAGGGCCAUACGUGACAACUGGGAAAAGUGUUUGCUCGGAACCGACUUUCACCAGGCCUUUGUUCUUAAUGCGAGCAUUCACCAUGCGACAGUCCCAAUGACCAAGCGUGCCAUCCGCGAUUUCGGCUCCAAGAUGGUCAAGGCAGGUAAAGCAGACCUGCUGGAACAUUUUAGCCAGGCGGAUCUUGACGUGGUCAGUGACACUAUACUCGCCAAAGCCUCGCAUUCUUUCCUAGACAAGGCGCUGGAGCUGCGGUUGAGAACUAUCGAGGCAAAGCCAUUGGUGGAUGCCCUGUCACGCGCGGAGCGCCUCGGAUACGAAUCAAACGACAUCGUGGAGCAGGAUAAUAACCACCAGGAGCGGGUUAUCCCUUCAGAAUCGCCCACGGCUACUCAUUCGGCCACACCCCAAGCCAGCUAUGUUUCAGCGGGAGGCAGCGCUCUCAGAGCACCAGGAACUGAUUCGGCAGCAUCUUGGCAAUGUACGGUCUGCUAUCGCACUUUUACACAAGAAUCGGCAUAUGAUCACCACAUGCGGAAGCAGGUCUGCACACGUGCUCCGGCUCUGCCCGAAGGGUUUAGGUAUUCGUGCUCACAUUGUGGUCAAGGCUUCACCACUACGGUUGGCCUGCAAUACCAUCUAAAUAACAAGGUCUGCGGCGACUUUGGCCCGACUCCUGCCGAACAGGGCAUGAACAGUACAGAUGUGGCCGCAGCGGGAAAAGUAGCUGCGGCUACCGCUUCUAUAAACCCCCAAGUUCCUUCGCGGGCCCAGUUUCAUCAAUACCCCGCAUCAUCAACUCCCCAGCGCAUGGCGGCGACAUACGGCUCUGCCACACCACCAACUGCUGGCACACCUGAGACCCCGGGAGAGGGCAUGGGCAAGACAAUUGGCGGCUCUGAUCCUUAUGCUCACCUGACCCAGAGCCAGCGCGAGUCUCUUCAAGAAGAACUCAGGCAGGCCGAGAUAGCCUUUGCAAACCGUUUCAAGGCAGCUGAAUCCAUCGCAGACCUUAACGAGCGGCGCAUCCGUAUCGACAGCCUGCGAAAUGGUUUUGGAACAAAGCAGUCUAUGAUUAGGAAGAAGUAUGGCGUGCGGCUUCGCGAGCGCCGUACCAAAAAGGAGAUAGAGGCAGAGCGUGAACGCAUGGGUCGCCAGCACGAGGAACGAUACGACCGUACUGCUCUGGAUGAAGCCCGAAGGUCGCUGACGGCUAUACAUGGAGGAGUUCCAAGGCCUGUCGGUCCGGGACGUCCUCCGACGAAUUAUUCAACCACACCAAUUCCGGUAGCGAAGAAUCCAGCCACAAACUCAUCCUCCAUCCCGAAUACGACCAAUGACAAAGUGUCCGUCAAGAGGGAGCUCGAUUCGGAAUCCAGCCCUAUCGAGGGAGACCCGAAACGUCGUAAAGUCGACGUUGAAGGAACAAACAGCAUCAACGCCCUGGAAUCUGUGCAGCAAUCUCGAGCUGCAGAGGAUACAGUUUUUGUCUCGUCGUCAUCGAAAUCGCCACAGAGCCAAGAUAGUGAUAGCCAAUCCAGUGGCACACCAGAGCGGCAAUUGGCAGCCGAGGCGGUUGCUGCGCAGCAGAGUGCCGAAACUACAGUCGUAGUAAAGGCUCCUCAGCCUGUCGUCAAUUUGGUUGAUGAGGAAGGUGACGACGAAGAAUCAUCUGAUGAGUCCGAAGACGACGAUGAAGGUAUCCCUGCUGUGCUGCCCCAGGCCACGCGUCAGGGUUUGUCACAGACCGGCCGGAGGAUCUCCAACGCUUAGCGGAAAACUUGAACCUUGAAGUUUGUGGAGGCGGCUAUCCUUACAAAUGCACUUCGAAUACUCAGUGUCUCCGGACGAGCCUUGUUUGACUGGGCGUCAUAAAUUACGAAGUUGAACAUUGACUUCUCAGAAAUCCUUGGCGUGUCUGAAAGAAGUUCAUCCGCCGCAUGCAUCCUUGGUGCCUCCGUCUCCAAAACACAACGCAUAUAAAUCGACGGGUGGACACGCUGCGCAAUGACUCGGGAUAAAAAAAAAAAAAAGAAAAUAAAAAAAUAAAAACAAAAAAGCCUGGUCAACACUAUUUUGCCUUCUUCCAGUCAGGUUGACCUGUCCUCGGAUUUUUAUUAUUCUUAUGCUUUCAAUUGGCACAUGAACUCUUUCUUCUUUUCUUCUUGGUCUCACACCAGUCCCGUUUUGUUACAUCUUUCCGCUCGUCGAUAUACGGCUGGCGGGCUUAUUGGCCGUCGCGUCAUGUUUGGGGCAGUAUCGAGAUUCAUUCGUCUUAUUUCAACUGGGUCCUCC